ACAGAGUUUGAGCAUUGCUUGAUAAGAUUUGAUGUUUUUGCAAUGCCAGAAAUACUCAUAAAAGGUAUUGACGUUGCUGAGGAUGGCCUUAGUUUGACUAUUCAUUGGGGAAAUGUACACAAACGAAGAUGCAGCAGCAAAUGGCUUCGAUUUAAUUGUAUGUGUGACAAAUGCAAACCGGAAUUCUCAGGAAUGUAUCCGUUAGACCGGGCAGAUUUUGAAGACAAUAAUAUAAUAGAAAGUGCAAUAGUAUCAGAUGAAGAACUGCAUUGCAAAAUUACGAAGGAUGUGUACCUCAAUCACGUGACUAAAAUAUCUCUUGGAUAUUUAUUAUCGAAUUGCAAUUGUGAUGCUUGUAUCAAAAAUGAUUUAUCAAAACGUAGGGUCGUCAUGCCUCUCCCUUCUACAGACUCAGUUCCAUACGCUGACUAUGAUAGUACGUUAACAGAAGAAGGAUUAUUCAGCUUUCUGGAAAAAUUCAUGAAGUAUGGAUAUUGUGUAGUUCGAAAUUUUCCAAUAAGUAAAGAAAAUGGUUUGGAAUUCGGCAAGACUUUUAGUCAUAUAAGGUCGACACCCUAUGGGGAGACCUUUGACGUUCGUAGCGUGGUGAAGCCCUGUAAUAUAGCUUAUACAUCUGUUGCACUUCCCUGCCACCAAGAUUUGAUGUGGUAUGAAUCUGCUCCUGGCGUCCAAGUUCUUCAUGCACUCAGAUUUGACAAAGAAGUUAUUGGAGGUGAAAGCAAAAUAGUUGAUUUAUUCGGAUGUGUCGAAAUUCUUAGAAAAACCGAGCCAGGACAUUUUGAAACCUUAUGUCGAGUUCCAGGUGGAAAUGACACAAUCGAUAUGAAUCGAAAAGUACCACUUUGGUUCAAGAAUACAAAAAAACAUAUUGAACUAGAUUACUUUGACGAGAUAGUUGCUGUAAAUUGGCAUCCAUCUUUUGAGACAACUCUGCAAAUAAAAGAAUGUGAUGUCGAUGCCUAUUAUCGAGCACAUAAAGCUUUUAUGAAAAUCGUUCACAAUGCGGAGAAUCAGUUUAUCUUUCGAAUGCAGAAAGGAGAUAUGCUGGUCAUGAACAACCGUCGAAUGGCGCACGCACGUGAGGCUUUCACCUCAGUAGAAGAUGGAGACAGAAAUCUUCAUGGAUACUACCUUGACAUGGAUGAUUUAAAAAGCAAAUACAUGGUGUUAGCAAGCAAACUUGGAAAAGUAGUAGAGUCACUUAAAAUUGGAAAUCGUAGCACUUUUUAGAUGACGUUGAUUCAUACUUUCGACAAUUAUACUAGAAAUUACAAUUAAAUUUUAACGUAUAUGUUAGCAUUUUAAAUCAUUGCCAUAGUAUAAAUUAUUUAAUCGUAGAAAAGUUGGCAGUAGUUUAAA